AUGACAAUGACACCAACGGACUUCGCAGCAAUCACUGGAUUGCGUGUUGGUGGGAAGCGUUUACAGUACGACUUCGAGAUGUACAAAAAUAAGAACAAGAUGAUGAAAUUGUUUGGGAAACCAAUCACAGACCUACUGGCAGGGGAAAGGAGAGUGCCGUAUGAAAGCCUUUGCACCCCGUAUUGGAACAAGAUUCCGAAAGAUGAUAAAGAAGCAAACCAAAUUGUCAGGGCUACUCUGCUUGAUUGGCUCCUCAUUCCUAAAUGA